AUGCCCGACUUCACAGACAAGCUACGUCCUAGCCAACCAGAUGGGCCCACAACACUUGCACACGAGCGAGAACAGUCUCAUGUCUCGGUCAAUGAGCUAGCCCAAUACUUACUAUCGUCAGAUGGAUUCUUGGAGCGCCAAGCUCGAAUUCUACCCAUUUUGCAGGGGCAGCCACUCUUUUCAAAAGAGAAACAACAGAACCUGUCCCGCCCGGACCGCUUCAAGCUAGCACUCGCAAGAGCAAAGCUGUUGCGUCGACUGACCGAUCAGUAUAAGUGGACUCAUGAUGACUACAAAAUGGCCGAGUAUUUGGUUGACGAUGUGUCUCCAUACUUCCUGCAUAUGGAGAUGUUUGUCACCACUGUCCGUGAACAAGCCAGCGAAGCACAACGCGCGUACUGGAUGCCUUUGAUUGAUUCUUGGAAAAUCAUUGGUGCUUACGCUCAGACUGAGCUUGGUCAUGGCAGCAAUGUCCGUGGCUUGGAGCUCGAGGCACGCUGGGAUAGCCGUACCAAAGAGUUUGUCCUUCAUAGUCCCACGCUUACGGCGAGCAAAUGGUGGAACGGCAGCCUGGGUCGCAUUGCCAAUUAUUCGAUCGUGGUUGCUCAAUUGCUUCUUCCCAAACCGGGCUCGUCGGAUCAGUAUCUAUCUCAUGGUCCUCAUCAAUUCAUUGUGCAAGUGCGUGAUUUGAAGACACAUCAGCCAUUAGAUGGUGUGGUGAUCGGAGACAUUGGUCCAAAGUAUGGCUAUGCUACGAUGGACAACGCUUAUAUGCUUUUUGACAAUUUUCGCAUUCCUCAUUCUGCCAUGUUGUCCCGGUACUCCAGCAUCAACCCAGACACUGGUAUCUAUACAAGACCCGAGCAACCCGCUCUUGUGUAUGGGUCUUUGACAUAUGUCCGUGCAAAUAUCGUUCAUCAUGCUCGACUCGUGCUAGCACGCGCAGUCACUGUUGCUGUACGAUACACUGCCAUUCGACGGCAGUUUCAAGAUCGAGACGACAAAAGUGGGCCGGAGAUAUCGGUCCUUGACUACCCCACGGUGCAAAUUAGGAUUCUUCCCUUACUUGCAACUACCUUUGCACUUCACUACACUGGACUGGCUAUGCGCUCGGUUUAUCAGAGCACACGACAAGAAGUUGAGCAAGGCGACUUUCGCUCUUUGGCUCACAUGCAUAGCAUGUCUUCAGGGCUCAAGAGCUUGUGCACCAUGCUUGCCGCCGAUGGAAUCGAGACAUGCCGUCGUGCAAUGGGUGGACAUGGAUUCGGCGGGGAAGUGGGUGAUAAUUGGAUGAUCACGCAGCAAGUCGCAGCGUAUUUGAUCAAGAAAAUGACAGCUGCAGCCAAAUAUCCCAGUACCCCAGGUGUGGAUCAGACUGAAGCUGGAUUCAAGGAGUUUAUACAGAACAAGCGUGAUACAAACACACGCCGAUCUGGCUAUGAUGUUUUGGGCAAAGAUGAAGACAUUGUCAAAAGCUUUGAGUUGCGAGCUACUGCACUUGCCUACGAUGUGUAUGAGCAGCGAGUGUUGAAGAAGCAGAGCUGGACCAGCCUUCUUAUUCAGCUGCACAAACUCAGCAAAGCCCAAUCUCAAUCGAUCCUUGUCGCCACUUUCUAUGAAUCCCUUUCAGCCGAUAACAAUCUUUCAAGCUCUAACAAAGGCAUACUGUGGGACCUGUUCCGCUUGUUUGCGUUCUACACCAUGGAAAAUGAAUGUUAUGAAUUCUUCCGCUGCAAUGCCGUCUCUCAAACCGACCUCGACAACCUCCCGGCCCGCGUCCAAGAUUUGAUGGCGCGCAUCCGACCCCAUGCCGUAAACUUGGUUGACUCAUGGAUGAUUCCAGACUACCUCUUGGACAGCGCUCUUGGACGAUAUGAUGGCCGCGUAUACGAGGAUCUUUACAACAGAGCCCACCGGUUGAACCCUCUCAAUCGAAUGACAUUCAAUCCAAAUUACUGGGAGGAGGAGAUUGUGAAGGGGAGUGGUGAUAACGGGUCGAGUAUAUUGUCAAAGUUAUGA